AUGGGAAAACACGCCUCCGUGGCUCGGCUCGAGGCGAUCUACGCGUUUGAGAAGCGGAUCGGGCAGGGCGGGUUCGGCGACGUGUGGCUGGCGCGCGACGCGAAGAGCGGGCGGCAGGUCGCGGUAAAGCUCAUCUCGCUCGAGAAGCUCCCUCGCGCCAUGGUCGAGGUCGAGGUCGAGGCGAUGCGCCGCUGCGGCUCUCACCCGUACAUCAUCGAGCUGCUGGGCGUGUACUGGGUCCGGCCCGAGGGGCGUGCGGCCGACAGCGGCCCUGUCGAGGCGGCGAUUGUGAUGGAGCUGGCCGGCGGCGGAGGCCUGUUCGAGCGCCUGGUUGCGGAGGGCGCGUACACGGAGCAGAUCGCAUCCAAGAUCAUCAAGCAGGUCGCCCUGUCGAUCUACCACCUCCACUCGCGCGGCAUCCUGCACCGCGACCUCAAGCCCGAGAACGUCGUCUUCGAGUGUGAACAGAGGCGCUGUGCACAGGAGCGCGACUCUGCGAUCAAGCUGAUCGAUUUCGGCACCGCCGUGACGCUGGACGAGGCGGGGGAGAAGGUGCAGGGCGGAGGGCGGAUAGGCACUUGGUCGUACUGGGCGCCCGAGCAGCUGGCGCAGCAGCCGUACGGCUUUGAGGUCGACCUCUGGUCGCUCGGCGUGCUCCUCUACAUCCUGCUGGUUGGCUUCCACCCCUUCGACCCGGAGGGGGAGGCGAACGAGCAGCAGAUCCUCGCAAACAUGAAGGCGCACCGCCUCUGCCUCGACGCGCCGGAGUGGGGCACCGUCUCCGGGCAGGCAAAGGGGCUCCCGCUAGCUAAUUUGACUACCGAACUUCGUUGCGCAAAGGGGCUCGUCGUCUCUUUGCUCGAGCCCGACCCGGAGCAGCGGCUGACGGCGGCGCAGCUCAUCUCGCACCCGUGGGUGCUCGGGCAGGACGUGCCGGGCAGGCCGAUGCCGGCGACGCAGGAGCGGCUGCGCCACUUCACGCAGGCCCGCAACGCGUUCUACGGCUCGCUGCUCAUGGGCCUUCUCGUGCACCAGCUGUCGACCAGUGCGGACGCAGAGGGGCUCGGCGGGCUGCAAGUGGGCUGGAGUACGACCGAUGCAGAGGGCUGGAUGACAAGGAUGGCAUCGGUAUCAGGCGGGCUGCAAGUGGACGUGGUUCGCGAGGGGUGGCGCGCGCUCGACCGCGACGGGAAGGGCCACAUCGACGCGCAAGACUUGUGGCGCGUCUGCCUCGACAUGGGGUACAAGGUGUCGCCAAAGGACGUGGACCAGAUGGUCUGCGUGCUCGCUCCGACGGGGCUAGAGAAGAAGCGCUACUGCAAGACGCUGGCGGGCUCCUUCUCGCGCACCUUUGAGAAGGGGGCGUACGAGGGGGACCCGGUGGACGCCUUCUUCGUGAUCACGAGCGGCGCCUGCGAGGAGCGGCUGAUUGCGACGCUCGGCGCGGGCGACUUCUUCGGCGAGACUUCUUAA